UCACCACUACACUCAGCGCACACUUCUUCUGCAGUGUCGGAGUCGGAAGUAUUUUCCACAUCUUCUUUUGCUCCUCAAGGGGUAUCUGCUCGUCAUCUUCGGUCCAUAGGCAUCCGAAUCCCACGAGUCCUCCCCAGACCGUCCACAGUCAUCAUAUAUUCAAACCGCAACGAUGCAUCGGACCUAUUCUAUGCGCCAGUCGCGCGCCCCGACGGCGCAGCAGCUGCAGAACCCCCCGCCGCCGCCCUCGACGACGAAGGGUAGCCGGCUGUUUGGGAAGAGUAACAUCGGCCACCAGUUCAGGCGAAACACCGCCGGAGCGUUCGGGCCCGAGCUGGCGAAGAAGCUGUCGACGUUGGUGAAGAUGGAGAAGAAUGCGAUGCGCAGCAUGGAGUUGGUCGGGAGGGAAAGAAUGGAGGUCGCGCAACAACUGUCCAUCUGGGGCGAAGCGUGCGAUGACGAUGUCUCCGACGUAACCGACAAGCUUGGGGUCCUGAUAUACGAGAUUGGCGAAUUAGAGGACCAGUUUGUCGAUCGAUACGACCAAUAUCGUGUGACGCUCAAGAGCAUUCGCAACAUCGAAGCAUCCGUUCAACCCAGCCGAGACCGCAAGCAGAAAAUCACGGACCAAAUCGCCCAGCUCAAAUACAAAGAGCCCAACUCCCCACGCAUCGUCGUCCUCGAGCAGGAGCUCGUCCGCGCGGAGGCCGAGUCCCUCGUCGCCGAAGCCCAGCUGUCCAACAUCACCCGCGAGAAGCUCAAGGCCGCGUUCACCUACCAAUUCGACGCGCUCCGGGAACAUUGCGAGAAAUUGGCGAUCAUCGCCGGGUACGGGACGCAUUUGCUGGAGUUGGUCGACGACACCCCGGUGACGCCCGGGGAGACGAGGAAUGCAUAUGACGGAUACGAAGCGAGCAAGGCGAUCAUCCAAGACUGCGAGGACGCCCUCACCAACUGGGUCCAUCAGCACGCCGCCGUCAAAUCCAGCCUCUCCCAGCGCUCCCGCACCCUUUCCCAGCGCCGGAAGCACCGCAACCGCCAACAUGAGGCGGUCGACCUCUCCGGCCAGGACAAUCCGCACGCCGACCGCGAGUCGGGCAUCUGGGUGCCGGCAUCCGACCACCCGGGUUCGGACUACGCGGACGAGGAUGAACUGGGAGUCGGGUAUGGGAAGGGUGUGAACGGGGAGACGAGGGGCCGGGAGGAGGAGAGGGCGAUUGUGGCGUAAGGGGCAUUGGAUGGGAGCGGAGGUGUGCGAGGUGAGAUAGAAAGUAAUUUGCAGAUGGGCGGCAGCUGAGAGUUGAAGGGGGCUUCAUCAGGCGAC